CGGGACACUGGAUGUGGGCAUGCUAAAGAUCGGUUAGUCGCGCCCAGCCUGCGCCAAUGGAAGAUGCAGGCAAUAGCAGCGGUGCGGCACUCUCGCUGGACGACAAUGACCGGCGUGCCGGGCGCAUGCGCUCGGGAAGCGCAAGCAGCGGCCAUAAGCGCAGCACGUCAGGCUCCUUACUGUCCCGAUUAUCCUUCCUGCGAAUGAUCCAGGCGACCCAGAACACGGCCGAGCGAAGCCAUUCGGGCCUCGAGCGCGAUGACGGCGACGAACUCACCUCCGGCUUACGGGGCGGACGGGCCAUGUCCAAUGCGAUCCAGCAACAUCGGAGGACGCGUCGGAGACGCGGCUCGCUACGCAAGACGGCCCUCUUGGGCACCCGGCUCGACUAUCGAGACAAGAAGACCGCAAGGGUGCCGGCGGAUGUACUGCGAGGGGACAGCAGUGGGAGCGGCGAACCCCGACCGGGACCGACCCCCUUACCCUCCUCCCCUUCCUCAUCCUCUUCCACCAACCCACGAAUGCGAUAUCUAGCCGACCCCGUGUCGCGCGCAGACGGUGAAAAUAUACCGCUCAGGAACCUCGGCUCCCAACCCGGGGAUGAGACGGAUACCACAUGGACGCUCAUGGAUGCACCACAACGCGCCCGGGCGGCCGCGCCGGCGGCGACGACGACAACGACGCCUCGCCAGUCCAGCCCGGCGAAAAACAGUCUCCUUGGAGUCGGCGAUGAGAUGAUGACGACGGACGACGAAGAGAUCAUCUCCUUCCCGCGGGCCAGCAGUACCAGUACCGCAUUGCAUUCGUCCUCCACCACCGGCGGCGCGACGGGCCUGCGCCUGCCCUCCGCCUCGUCGGCCUCCGAUUCCUACUACACUCUGCAGACGGAUCCGACGUACCGAGCUCUGCACCGGGCCAAGUCGCCACUGGCCACGCACGCGGUGGAUAUGGCUGCCAGCUCGCAGAUGGUGUGGGACUACUCGGAGACGGAGUGGUGGGGGUGGAUCAUCCUGAUUGUGACGUGGCUGGUGUUCGUUGUGGGGAUGGGGAGCUGCUUCGGGGUCUGGAGCUGGGCGUGGGAUGUCGGAGAGACGCCGUACGCGCCCCCGGAGCUGGAGGAUGAUCCCACCCUGCCGAUCGUCGGGUAUUAUCCGGCGUUGAUCAUCCUGACCGCGGUCAUGUCGUGGGUGUGGGUGGUGGUCGCAUGGGUGGGGAUGAAGUACUUCAAGCAUGCGAACAUCUCUGGGGAGGACAUCUGACGUUGUCCCUUGUGGUCUGGUUUCUUUAUGAUUCUUCGGUUCACACUUCGGUUCACACGUGAGCCGCUUAUUGUUCGCUCUGUACUGUACAUAGUUUAAUUGCGCUUCCGUGUCGAUGGUCCCGUCCCAGCAUAGCAACUUUAUUAUAUCAU